AAAGGUUAAAAGAGUCAUGAAAAAUUGCAAAGAAUCAGAGUAGGCGCCUUUAUUAUUUUCCAAUCCAGCAGCUCAUUUAACACCUACAAGAAAAAGAAGAAAAUUCUUGACAAUUGUGACGUGUGUAGUGUUACCGUGUCAGGUAACUUCUGGUGUGUCCUUCUCAGUAGUUUUUUUUCUUCCCCCAACUUGCAAUUGAAUUCGUCAUACCAUGUCCUCGUCGGCAAUAUUCAUUCUGGACGUCAAGGGGAAGGUGCUGAUCUCCCGGAACUAUCGCGGAGACAUUGAUAUGGGUGUAAUUGAUAAGUUUAUGCCGCUUCUGAUGGAAAAAGAGGAGGAGGGUCUCAUCUCACCCAUAAUCCAGACACAGGAAUGCACAUUUGCCUUCAUAAAGACCAACAAUCUCUACAUUGUCUCCACAACACGCAAGAAUGCCAAUAUUGCGCUUGUUUUUGUGUUCCUCCACAAAAUAGUUCAAGUAUUUGUUGAGUACUUCAAGGAGCUCGAGGAGGAGAGUAUCCGGGAUAAUUUUGUCGUCAUCUACGAACUACUCGAUGAACUCAUUGAUUUUGGCUAUCCCCAGACGACAGAUAGUAAAAUCCUGCAGGAAUAUAUUACGCAGGAGGGGCAUAAGCUUGAGCUGCAACCCCGUAUCCCCAUGGCUGUCACAAAUGCAGUCUCAUGGAGAUCAGAGGGUAUCAAGUAUCGGAAGAAUGAAGUAUUUUUGGAUGUCAUUGAGAGCGUGAACCUCCUUGCCAAUGCAAAUGGGAAUGUUCUUCGUAGUGAAAUUGUUGGCGCAAUAAAGAUGCGUGUCUAUCUAUCCGGAAUGCCAGAGCUACGUCUUGGGCUCAAUGAUAAGGUGCUCUUUGAAAGUACUGGUCGUGGUAAAUCCAAAUCCGUUGAAUUGGAAGAUGUCAAAUUCCAUCAAUGCGUGCGUUUGUCCCGCUUUGAGAAUGAUCGGACAAUUUCCUUCAUUCCACCUGAUGGGGAAUUUGAGCUCAUGUCCUAUCGGCUCAAUACACACGUAAAACCCCUCAUUUGGAUUGAAUCCGUCAUCGAGAGGCACGCUCAUAGUCGUGUGGAGUACAUGAUUAAGGCAAAGUCCCAAUUUAAACGUCGCUCCACAGCCAAUAACGUGGAGAUCAUCAUACCCGUGCCUGGUGAUGCGGAUUCACCGAAAUUCAAGACAACCAUCGGAAGUGUCCGCUACGCCCCCGAGCAGAGCGCCAUCAUUUGGACGGUUAAAUGUUUCCCAGGUGGCAAGGAGUACCUCAUGCGUGCCCACUUUGGUCUCCCAAGUGUUGAAUGUGAGGACUCCGAGGGGAAACCACCCAUUCAGGUUAAAUUUGAAAUUCCCUACUUCACUACCAGCGGUAUCCAGGUGCGCUAUCUCAAGAUUAUCGAGAAGAGUGGCUACCAAGCACUCCCGUGGGUACGUUACAUCACCCAAAACGGCGAUUACCAGCUCAGGACCACCUAGGCAGUAUUCCUUCUUCUUCUUUUAUUUUUUUUAUAAUUUAUAAUUUCAUUUUCAACAUUAUGCGUUGUGUAGUGUAAUAAACUUUUCCAGAGACAGAGCAAAUUAUUUGUAAAAAAAAAAGAAUAAAUCAAACUAUUAUUUACUAUUAUUAUAUGCCCAUUAAACUAUCAAAGUAA